GUUAUCGCCACACGCUGCAGGGAUUUCUAAUUCGCAAAAACAAUAAAAAAAUAAAUAAAAAAAAACCGCGCGGUCGUAAACAGUGUGCCAUCUUGUAGAUGGGAUCGCAUUGGGAAUUCUUUGAACGCGCCAAGACCUGUGGAAAUAUCGCUGUCCACACACAGCACAACGUCGCGCCUCCGCCCGUCGCCAUCGCCCGUGCCGUCGCCACCUCCGACACGACUCUGCCCAGUGUUUGUGCUUGGGGGGACUCUGGUAGCAGAGAGCACACAGGUCCAGUUUUGAACACAUAGAUAUAUAUAUUGCAAGUUGCAUACGUCGCGUAGUGUCGGAUUAUGUCAUUUAUUUAUAAAAACACAAAGGUACAAAACCGUUGAAUGUUGCACCAAAAAGCAGAAAAAACCUGUAAAAAUGUAGACUGUGUGUCCAUACCUGUGUGUGUGCGUGUGUGUGUGUGAGUGUGUGCCGCAGAUAAUGGAUGUUUUAGUUGUGGCCGUUUAAAUAUAUACACAUAGAUAUAGAGAGAUAUAUGUACAUAGUAUAGAGUCCGGACAGUACGCGAAGUAUAUGCGUCUCAGCACGUCGUCGCCACUGCGAGCCCGACCGACCCCAAGUGUCCCCUUCCAGAGUCCCCAGGGGCAACAGCGCGCGAGAAAUGCCGCUGCCCCCACCGCCGUUCUAGCAUCAGCAACAGCUCGAAAAAUCCAAACCAAUUUGGAGUAACUACAACAACAACAACAACAAAAAUAUCAACAAAUGGCCACAUUCAAUGGGAACGCCACCAGCAAUGCCGCGGAUGUCCUGAGUUCCUCGGUGGCCGCCGCUGCCACAGCAACAGCCACAUUUCUGGUGCCCACCACGACGACGCAAGCAGCGGCCAUUGGAGUGCCGCCAUCGUUGCAUCUUGAUCAGUUUGGCGGCUAUAUAAGCAGCACGGGUGCUGUCGCACCGCUGCAUCAUCAUCAGCAGACCAACUCCUCCUACACCUUUGUGCAGAUCAAACGCGAGCCUUGCCAGGUAUCCGAGAUUAGUUCCAACAAUUGCCAUCAGCAGCAGCAGCAGCAACACCAGCAGCAUCAUCAGCACCACCAGCCGCUAAACCAUCACCCGCUAAACCAUCACCCGCUAAACCAUCACCACCAGCAGCAGCAGCAUCAGCAUCAUCUACAAUCAUCAACAGCAUCGCUCACAGCCGCUGGCCUGGGCACAGUGUCCUCCUCCGUUACCGCAUCGGCCACCUCCAAGACCAUGUCUUCGUCCACACUAACGACGCUCGUUAAGAUCGAGGCGCCAUCACCCAAAGUGUCCGAUCUGGAAAAGUCAAAUGGCAGCACAAGCAAUUCCGUGCCCAUUGGUAUUGCCGUGGCCCGGAAACGGCCACAGGAGGCCCUGGUAUCGGCACUGACCAACCCGUCAGCGUUACCUCUCCAGCAGCAGCCACUCAGCAAGGAUAUGAACUGCUUUGGCAUACGCGUCGCUGACCUGAGUGCCACCAGUUGCGGCAAUCUGUACUUUACGGGCAACGGAGACCUGAUGACCACCGGCACGGCCACAGCGGAUGAUCUGAAUCGAACACCAUCAACAUUCUGGCAGUAUCCAAAUGCAUUACCCAUUGAAUCAGUGAUUUCCAUGUCACCCGCCACGGUGGGCCUGCAAUAUACGCGCGAGGCGAACCGCGGACAGGUGGUGCUGCUGCCGGCCGCCCCCGCCACGCUCGCAGGCAUAUCAAAUUUUCCCCUCUUAACGUCCACAGAUCCGUUCCAGCAGGCAGCGGCGGCUGCGGCUGCCACAGCCUUUGUCUGGCCCUCCUACAUACCCCAAGCCACAGGUGGUGGCAGCUCAGCUGCUGCCGCAGCAGCAGCAGCAGCGGCUGCCGCCCUACAGCCGCCGCCCAACUUGUUCUUCAAUUCGAUGGGCAUGGGCAUGGGCAUGGGUGGCCACUCAACGCUGGGCCCAACACCAUCGUACGCCUCCACGCUGCAGCUGUACCUGGCCGCGGCGGCCAAUGCCACGGGCAGCUCGACACUGUGCCAGCACAGCAGCAACCAGCAGACGAGCAGCACCACCACCACCAACUCCACCAUCAACCUGAGCCUGGCGGCGGCUGUGGCGGCCAGCGCGGGCGUCACCAGCAGCACCAGCAGCCUCAGUUCGAGCAGCAGUUCGCGUUUCCUCAGCCUGGCAGCGGCUGCCGCUCAGUCGGCGCCCAUUGGAUCGCUGCUGCUGCCGCCUCAGGGCAUGAAGCUGGAGGACUAUUCGACGCAUCAUCCAAUGCCGUUGGCCUUGCCGCCGCUGGUGCCGCUGGAGCAGACGCCGUCGAUGCGGGACAAGGAGCAGGCUCUCAAUCUGAUGCGUCUGCCCACGCCGCCCACCUCGGCCACCAUGGAUGGGGCCGCUGCUGCGAUGGGCACGGGCCAUCCGAUGCACCAUCAAAUGUUUCAGUCGUUGCCCAGCCACUCCGCUGCCGCGACGCCUGCGCUGCUGAAUCUGUCCAUGCAUGGGAACGCCAGUGAUCUGUCUGCUGCUGGCACGCCCAUGACCGGGGCGGCCUGCGAUGAGGCGGCGGCGGCAGCGGCAGCGGCGGCGCUCAACUUUAAGCUGCACGCACCACUGACACCACAGACACCGCCACGGCUGCCGGAGCUGGCCAUGCCGCAGGGCGCCCUGUUGCCGCAGAUGCAGGAUGUCAAUAUACAAACGGAUACGCCCGUAUGCAGCGAGGAUGAGAGCUUGAGCUACCCCUGUCCCGGUCCCCCACUGACCAGGACGGGACAAGAGCCAAUGACGGAGGAUGCCCUGUCGAUAUCCCUGGUCCAGCCACUGGAACUGACCAAAACCAGUGAAGUGCCAAACGAGUGCCAUACCCAAACCCAGACCCAGACCCAAACCCAAUCCCAGAGCCAAACCCAAUCCCAGAGCCAAUCCCAUACCCAUACCCAAACCCAGACCAAUCCAGUGUCCAGUGACAUUCAACCCAGUGCCAGUCAUGAGUCGGCGGAACAGAUGCCCAACAGAUCUCCGCCAGCCAUGGAUACACCGCAGACAGCGCCCGAAGAUCUGACGGGGCUGGAGCUGCUCUCAAACAUCAGUACGAAUAGCACGCCGUUUGUGCGGGUGAAACAGGAGCCAAUGGAGCACAUCGAGCACAUUGCACACCCGCAUCCACACCCUCACCCACUCCCGGUGGCGCCGCCGCCGCCUCCGAUGCAGACACUGCAGCAGCAGCAGCAGCCAAUGAUGGAAUUGGAGGCCACGCCGCAGGAACCAUUGGGCGGCUUGAAGCUGCUGUGCGCCUUGGCCGAGCAGCGCAUCCAGGAGGAAGUGGUGCAGGGCAGCAGCCUCUUUGCCACGCCCUAUUCGCGUACGCCCAGUCCCACACCGACGCCGCCAGCGUCAGCGCCAGGCACACCCACACCCACGCCCACGCCCACAUACACGCCCACACAGAUGCACAUGCCUGUCGGGGGGCCAGAGGGAAAGUCCUCGUGCUUUGGUUUUGUGCCACCCGCUGGAGGAUCGAUGUUCUCCUCGUCAUCUUCCUUCCAAAUGCCAUUAAGCUCGCCAGCAUUUCCAUCGAUGCAGGGCAUUGAGCUGCCCACCACAUCGGCGAUGCAGUCCACCGAUCCGACGCCCCCGAAGCGCAAGAAGCACAAACAUUCCAAGUCCUCGUCCAGCGAGAGCCGCAAGUCGGCGCGUUGCAGCAAGAAGAGCAAAAAGAAGCAUCGGCGUAGCAACAGCCGUCAGCAGCAGCAGCAACAGCAGCAGCUUGAGGCGCAGCAGCUGUCGUCCCCGAUGGAUGUCGGGGAUGACGAUGAGGACCUACAAGACGAGGAGCUGCAGUCGGAGCUACGCAAAGCGCUGCAGUCCAUGGAUCCCAGCUAUGCGCAGCGCUUUGGCAAGAAGGUGUUCAGCAUAAUGGACAGCAGCAUGCGGAUGCGUUUGGCAGACAUUACGCGUCAGUAUCGCAAGAAGAAACGGAAGCUGGACGAGAUAUCCAAGCUCAAGAAGAAGCGAAAGAGUCUCAGGCAUCAGCAGCAGCAGCAGCAGCCACUACAGGCAGUACAGCCAGCCCUGUCGCCGCUGCAACAGCCACAACUGACGCUCAGCUCAACGCUGUCCAGUGUUCUGGGAACAUCAUCACCGCUGCGCGAUUAUAAAUUCCCGAAAUUCUCAAGCAGCAACCUGCAGGCUUCAAGCUUUCUGCGCUUUCCGGAAAAGACGACGCACUCGUUCCCACCACCGCCGCCACCGCAGCAGCCGCAGACAGAGCCCAGUCCCCUGCCGCACAGCGGCUCACCGAUUACCUCAUCGUUUGUGCGCCUCGAGCCGAGUGCGCUGGACGCGGCCGUUGCCCCAAGUGCCCCAAGUGCCCCAAUUGUCCCAAUUGCUACCUCCAUUUGCUCCUCCACUUGCUCCUCCCCGUCCGCUGCGGCGCACAAGCAAUCAUCGUCGUCCUCCUGCUCGUUGGUGCGCAGGAAGCGCAAGCUAAAGGCCAGUCCUAGCGGCGGCGCCGGCAGCGGCGGCGGCGAGCAACCAACGGCCCCCACAGAGGCCAAGCGUAGAGCCAGCGCCACGGAUCGUGAGCUGCAGCUGACCAGCGAGCAUUUGUACCGCGAUGAGACGCGCGUGCUCACCGACAUGGGUGGGCUGUUCUAUGCGGGCGUGAUGAAGCCGCUGCGUCCGCCCGAUGUCUAUGCCAUCACGCUGGACGGCGAGCGGGGCAACAAGUCGCAUGUGAUGUCCCGCGAGGAUAUACUCAAGGAUACGAUUCUGGAGGUGGCGCCCAAGAGCGUGGACUGUGUGCCGGUGGGAACGCGUCUGUGUGCCUAUUGGAGUCAGCAGUACCGUUGCCUUUAUCCGGGCCGUGCCAUUGAGUCGGAACCAGCUGAGGAGGGUGCUGGAGCGACGACGGCCGCAGCAGCAGCAGCAGGAGCAGCACCCAGCACACCGACGACCCAUACGCCGGACUUUGUCAGCGUGGAGUUCGAUGAUGGGGACAGCGGCAGGAUCCGCUUGCAGAAUAUACGGCUGCUGCUCAGCGAUUAUCCCAUAGCAGAGUACAACGAUAAUCCCCUCUACUCAGUAGGCAAGCAGAAGCGCGGCGCUCUGCGCAGUGGUGGUGAGAGUGGUGGUGGACCCUGCACAUCGCAGGAGCCCACAGCCCACAUGUCGGGCUGCGAGGACUCGCACAGCCAUCACAGUGCUGUCAUGAAUAGCGAUAAUACCACCUCACUGGCCGCCACCAUGGAGCUGUUCACGCAGCGCAGCGAGAAGAAGCGUCUGAAGAAGAGCCUCAAGAAGAUGUCGAGGUCACAGAAUGCCAACGCCGGCGGCGGCGGCAGCAACUCGCUGUCAGUGUCUGCCGUUACGAAUGAAGCGGCGGAGCUGGCAACCGCUGGCGAUGCUGCAGGUGGCGUCGGCGAUGAGGCUGCCGGCCGUAAGCAUCACAAGCACAAGAAACGCAAGAAGCACAAGAAACAUCACCGCAAGAAUGGCAGCGAGGAGCCAGAACAACAGGCAGCAGGCAACAACCAGGACUUUUCGACGGCAGCCGAGGAAGUUCCGGCGCCAGCGUCUGUGCCUGCGUCCAAUACAAAUCGCGUCAAAAUGGAGGUCAAAGUGAAGACGGAGCAAUUGGAUAUGGAGGAGGAGAGUGCCUCCAAUCUGAUGUCCGAGAUAUCCGAUGAGGCCAAGGGCGAGGAUCUGGUCGAGCAUAACAACUCCAAGGGCAGCAGCAAGAUAGCGGCCUUUCUGCCGGAGAGGCAGCUGUGGGGUUGGAAUGGCGUUGCCUACCGCAAGGGGGGCGUCAAGGGCCGUGCCAGAAAGCAAUUUUAUAAAACAAUCAAAAGGGGCAAGGAGACCAUCACGGUCGGGGACAGUGCAGUAUUUCUUUCGACGGGCAGACCGGAUCGUCCCUAUAUCGGACGCAUCGAGUCCAUGUGGGAGACAAGCACAGGCAAUAAGGUGGUGCGAGUGGCGUGGUUCUAUCAUCCGGAGGAGACGACUGGCUGCCCAAAGUUGAAGUAUCCGGGUGCUCUGUUUGAAUCGUCGCACGAUGAUGAGAACGAUGUGCAGACCAUUUCGCACCGGUGCGAAGUGCUGCAAUUUGGGCAUUACUAUGAGAAAUUCGGUGCCGAUUCGAAGCAAUAUCAAUCCAUAUACGAUAACAAUGAUACAUAUUAUUUAGCGGGGCACUAUAACCCAAGGUUACAAGUGCUAAAACUACAAGACGAUAUUCCAACUCUCGAAGAGCUGCAGGAUACAAAUACUACUACAACUACAAAUACAACUACAAAUACAACUACAACUACUACAACUAACGAGGAUUAAGCGAAUGAAUGAGGAGCCAUGGCUCAUGAUUCAUGAUUCAUGAUUAGAAUAGGCAUAAGCGCAUACAGAUCUAUAUAUAUACAAUAUAUAUACACACACAUUAUACAUAUAUUUUACUAUACGAGCAGAGCAGAGGAGUAGAGACGAAAGAGAAGCAUAUAUAUACCUAUAUGUAUACAAAUAUUAUGUACUUCUAUAUAUAUUUUAAAUGUAUUAUGUAGUUCAACAGAAAAACUCAGAAAA